GCAGCUUGCAUUCAUAGACUUGAAAUUUUUAUUUCGUCAUUAUUCUUUUUAUGCAUUUGCUUCAUCUUCAACUUUUCCAUCUCUCUCUGUUUCUGACACCAAACACCUCUCUUUUAAUCCAAGUCUUCCUCAAUUGAGGGUUGCUUUGAAAUUUCACUCUCAUUUACCAGUGGGUUUUGCUUUCUAGGGUUGUUACCGAUUUUGAUUCAAGAUUUUCUGUUAAUAAUACAAUCUUUACUUUCUUUUUCUUCUCUGUAUCAUUUGAGAAAAAAAAAAGACUGAUACUUUUUCUUUCUUUCUUUCUUUUUUCCCUCUUUCUUUUUACAGGUCUUGUUUUCCAUUCUUUAUAUUCUAUUUGUUGAUGAACAGUGCAACACUCACAAGUUGGGCCAACAUUAUUAUUUUCUUUCAUAAACCCUUAUCCUCCUUAGUUCAUUUUUCCUUAUCUCUUUUAUCUAUUUUAAAUUUCCAUUUAUGUGGUUUCUCUAAAGACUGUAACUUGUUGAUGGGUUCUUCAAGCUGUUGAGUGUGUGAUGUGUGCAAGAAAGAUGAUAAGCUUAGCUUCAUUUCAAGUUCUUCUGCUCAGUAUAACAUUCUUGCUUGGGGAUUGUGUUGCAUUUCCAAAAAAUGAAGUUGAAGCUUUAACCUCUUUCAAAAGAGCUGUUUUUGAGGACCCAUUACUGGCAUUGUCCAAUUGGAACCCUCUUGAUUCCAAUCCUUGUAGUUGGUCUGGUGUUUAUUGUUCUAUAGCUGGAGAAUAUGUCUUAAAGAUUAACAUAUCCAGGGCAUCUUUAAAGGGUUUCAUUGCACCAGAAUUUUACCAACUCACCUAUCUGCAAGAACUUAUUUUGCAUGGGAAUUUGUUGAUUGGUACAAUACCCAAGGAAAUUGGCUUGUUGAAAAACUUGAAGGUAUUGGAUUUUGGAUCGAAUCAGCUGACAGGUCCAAUCCCACCUGAGAUUGGAAACUUAACCAGCAUUCAGAAAAUAAACCUUCAAUCGAAUGGCUUGACUGGAAAGCUGCCUAAUGAACUUUGUAAUUUGAAAUACCUUGGGGAGCUUCGACUUGAUAGAAACAAGUUCAUAGGAAAUAUUCCGGGUGGUAAUAGCUCAACAUUUCCAUCAGCAAUGAAUGGAAUGUAUGCUUCGAAAAGCGCAAGCCUUAUGGGAUUCUGUGGAUCCACACAGUUAAAGGUAGUUGACUUAUCGUACAACUUUCUGGUUGGGAUCAUACCUAAGUGCUUGGGGUAUUUACCAAGAUCAAGCUUUCAGGGAAAUUGCUUUCAAGAUAAAGAUCCCAAACAGCGUCCUGCAACUCAAUGUGGCACACCUCAUCCGCCCAUCAAAACUCAUCCGAGAGUUGGCACAAAGCACGGGCCUAUGGAAGAUAAGUUCAAGCACAAGUCAAAUGAUUCAAAACCUGUAUGGUUGUUAGCUCUCGAAAUCGUAACAGGAAUAAUGGUUGGUUUGCUCUUUGUGGUUGCUGUUUUCACCGCCUUUCACAAAUUGAAGCGAAAACCUUCGAUCAUUAUUCCAUGGAAGAAAUCUGGAAGUACAAGGGACUACAUGACCAUUUACAUAGAUUCUGAAGCAUUGAAGAAUGUGGUAAGAUAUAGCAGACAAGAACUCGAGGUAGCCUGUGAAGAUUUUAGCAACAUCAUUGGCUCAUCUCCAGAUAGCCUUGUGUACAAAGGCACAUUGAAAGGUGGGCCCGAAAUUGCUGUGAUAUCCCUUUGCAUCAAAGAAGAGCACUGGACAGGCUACCUCGAACUUUACUUUCAACAAGAGGUGGCUGAUUUGGCGAGAUUAAGUCACGAAAACAUAGGGAAAUUGCUAGGAUAUUGCAGAGAGAGCAAUCCAUUUACGAGGAUGCUGGUAUUUGAAUAUGCAUCGAACGGGACAUUCUAUGAGCACCUUCAUUAUGGAGAAGGAUGUCAGUUUUCUUGGACCCGUCGCAUGAAAAUUAUUAUUGGUAUUGCUCGGGGACUGAAAUAUCUUCAUACAGAGCUUAAUCCUCCAUUUACUAUAUCUGAAUUGAACUCUAGCUCUGUUUAUCUGACUGAAGAUUUUUCUCCUAAGCUGGUUGAUUUUGAAUGCUGGAAAACAGUUCUCUCGAGAUCAGAAAAGAGUUCAGACACAAUCAGCAAUGAAGGGGCUGUUUGUAUUCUUCCAAAUUCCUUGGAAAGACGCAAUCUUGAUAUUCAAGGGAACAUUUAUGCUUUUGGGAUUCUUUUACUUGAAGUUGUGAGUGGCAGACCUCCGUAUUGCAAAGACAAAGGCUCCUUAGUCGACUGGGCAAAGGAAUAUUUAGAAUCGCCAGAUGGCAUGGCACGUGUGGUGGAUCCUGAACUGAAACAUUUCAGACAAGAAGAUCUUAAGGUGAUAUGUGAAGUGGUGAACUUAUGUAUUCAUCCGAGUUCGAGCAUGAGGACAUCCAUGAGUGAGUUGUGCUCGAUGCUCGAAAAUGGAAUAGACACAUCAAUAUCGGCCGAGUUUAAUUCAUCCUCUUUAGCUUGGGCUGAACUCGCACUUUCUUCAUAGUGAGGCUGACUUUGAUAAUUGGGAAAAUAUUAAUGGGGCUGAUCACUCGAUCUUUCUCCAUGGUGAGGCUGACUUUUGUGAUCGAGAAUAGAUGAUAAGAAUAACGAUUUUUUUUUUUUUUUUUUUC